AUGGCGACGGCCAAGAUUGCCACGUUGGCCAUCCGCACGCUCGCCAAACCCAUUGCUACCCAGCUCAAGAGCCAGGCUGCUCAACACGAAUCGUUCAAAAAGAUCUGUAUAGCGCUAGCCCAAAGAAUGCAUCGCACCGAAAUGGCGUUGCGCACCAACCUGCUACCGAACGGCGUGCAACAGAAAGUGCGCCCGCUCAACGACGCCAAAGCGAUAGCCAACGGUGCCAAUGCGAUCUCCGAGGGCUUUCUCUUCUUUGUAGCUGCAGCACUUAUCCUCGGCGAAACCUACCGUGGAUCGCGCAAGAAAGCCGAGCAGCGCGAUCGCACCGAAGACUCGCUUAAUCAGCUCCAAGAUCAGGUCGAGAGAUUAGCCACCGUGCUCGGCAUCGAUCUCGACCAGCUGCAACGGAUAUCGCAAGACGACAAUGACUCGCAGGCCAAUGGAUCGGCAUCAGAUGCGCGGCGGAACGCAACUGGCAUUGUCACUGAGGAAGCGGAUCCUUCGCUGGUGGAGGCGCGGCUGAAAGUGUAUCAAGAGAAGCAGGAGGAGGAGCUCAAAAGCAAGCAACUGCAGGCAGCUGUAUCGGUACUGCUCAAUCUGGCGUUAAAGAAUCGCUGGGUGGUCGGCCCAGAAGCACUGGAGCUGGAGGGGAUCUUGGGCAACAAGCAGUCCGCGCUAACACAGCCAUCAUCAUCACCAGCAGCAUCACCAAUGCAAGUGGCGCCAGAGCCAUCAUCCAGCGCGCUAAGCUCGCCAGCGACGUCACCAUCAUCCAACGACGACGUACCUCCGCUCCAACCAUCCAUCAUACAGCAAGUGGCUUUGGAAAGGGCAAAAGCAUUGGCGAGGGAAGUGCGAGGAGAAGCAGACGCUCAUCCGCAACCAACCGAUGCAUCGCUGGCCAACUUGACGGGCAGCCUCGUCAUGACCCUUGCCUCGGAUCACCACUCAUAG